UAUGAAUUUCCGAAUCUGCUUAGCUACUGAUGGCGAGGUAAGCAAAUGAAAAUAUGGAAACUUCCACCUCUCUGCCGUCUGUUGACGACCCAACGCCUUCUCAUGGAUAAACAACAGUUACAUCUAAGAGAUGGAGGAGAGGGAGAGUUCUUGAGGAGUACCAAUAAUGGGUAGUGAUCUCAGGGGUCUUGCCAUUGUCAUCAUGGGCGUCAGCGGCUCCGGCAAAUCGACAAUCGGUGGGCUGCUGGCGAGAAACGUCUGUUGUGAUUUUCUUGAUGCUGAUGAUUUUCAUUCAGUAGAAAACAAAGAGAAAAUGAGGAAUGGUGUGCCACUUACAGAUGAAGAUCGGUUUCCAUGGUUAGAGACUAUUUCUAAUGCACUCACAGAAAAGAUCAGUGGUGGAAAAACAGUUGUCCUCUGCUGCUCUGCUCUACAGUUCAGAUAUAGAGAAAUUCUUCGAAAAGCAGAUCCAAAUAAUGGUUCUGACUGUGUCAAGUUCUUCUGCCUUAUGGCACCAAUAGAAGUGAUUGAAGGUCGGAUGAAGCAACGUGAAUCUGAUGGCAAUCAUUUCAUGCCUGCUGCUUUAUUGCAAUCACAGGUUGAUUUGCUUGAGAUCCAUGAAGAUGAAGGUAUACAUGUUCUUGAUGCAACUCUGAGCCCAGAUGCCAUUGUAGCCAGAAUUCAAGCUUCACUUUCUUGAUCACAUCGUAUAUUAUUUUCUUAAAUGAAAAUAAUAUACGAUGUGUCCUUUUUUUUCGACUGUUGGUUUCUUUGAGAUUAGCAAGCUGGGGUUAGUCAGACUAGCACCAGAAUUUCUGCCACAAGAUGCGCCAACAUAUGGAACUCUGAACUAGCCUCAACCCAUGGGUCUCAAAAUCUAGUGCUACUGCUCUAGCAAGGUAGACGAAAGCCUUCUUGGCAAUUUGACGUGUUUGUUUCUUGAAUUUUCUCAAGUCAGUGUGAUGCAACUAGUCUGUCGUUUGAACCCUUAAAUUGGUAGUGUUUGCUGGUUUUUCAAACACCCUCUA